UGUCUGUGCGGACGACCGUUUCGGAGCUCCGUGCCGUUUGGGAAGAUGUGCAAGCAGUUUAUCGCGACCGACCAACGUGGCAAGACCCGUUUUCUGUGCGUGGCGUGGCGUGUUUGUCCUCUCUAUGCUGUGGGUGAAGUGGUUAUACAUGGCCCCUGUUGUGCACGAGGUGGACUAAUCUGGCCGGAGGUGCAUCCAAUUAACUGCAGUUUGAUCCGAACGGUCCUGGCAUCCUGAAGGGCCAUUUCGUACGCCGCGCGGUCAAGUGUUGUGUUGAGGUGAAGCUUUGUGUUUGUGUUUCUGUGAAGUGAACAGUUGGAGUAGAUUAAGUGAUUAGUUCGACAUAUCAGUUUCUGAGUACAUUAGAAGCGGAGAUUAUCCGACCUACCCCCUUAGUAUAGUCAAUCCGUCCCUCCUAGUCGUGUAGAUACCGAUGAGUUAGACUUAGUGUUUUAGCUCGAAUUUCUGUACAUUACUUCAUCCCGAGAGGAUAAUCCUUUGUAGAUUAAUCAGGCUUAGAGCAAGAGCUAAGCUAAGCUCACUUCAUUUCAAAAACGGUUGUGAUUGUUGGUCCGAGAUAUCUAAAGUCCUCUUUGGUAGAGAACCAUUUGUCGUCCUUCGACCCCAAAACGAGGACGGUUAGUUCAAGUGUCCCCCUCCCCCCCCCACGUCAUCCCUGCCUGUCUAGAAGGUUCGUUAAAAGAAAAACCUCGCUCAAAGUUAGUGUAAGAAGUGAGAGUGUGCUUGAAAAUAAUUUAAACGCCGCGGCGACGACGUCGAAAGGCGCAACGCAAAAAAGGUCCUCGUGAAAGUGAACCAUAAAUUCAAAACAGUGGAAAGAAAUCAAGUGACAGUGCUGCUGGCUUUUGCCCCGUCGUUUCGAGUUUUUCCUUUUGAAGCCGUUAAACGUCGCGACUCGUGGACAAAGUUCGUUUCAUGUUUUGCCACCCACCCCCAACCACUUCGUGCAGUAGACUGUCUAAUCUGGUAAAAUAUUGUUACUUGCAUCGAAACCUUCGCCAUCGAAGCAACCUGGUCGAAAAGUCAAAUAAAGCAAUAAUACUGUAGCAAAAAAAGAAAGUCGUGUGAAAACUGAACCUUUUAGCUAUUUAGCUGCCACUUCCAGUCGAGUGAAGCUCUCUCCAAAACACUGUAAACACGUAAUAGUCCUCGAAAUAAAAUAAAAACACGAAAAACAACCCCCCACGCUCUCUCUCUCUCUUCCAAAACAAACCGUGAAAAAAUCCGAAAUCGUGAACAGAAGAAAAACUAUCAUCACGCGGCGCGCCAAACCCAAGAAGAGCGCUCGAAGCAACCCAAGACGACGACAAGUGUGAACAAGCACGUGCCGGCAAGCAGUCUCAGGCGGUGUGUGUGUGUGUUUGUGUGCAACGGUUGCUGCGAUUUUUCGACCGAGAAGAAAAAGCACACACAGAAGGGAUUCGCGCCAAGCUGAAGAAGGGAAAUCUCACGAAGAGCAAAAGAGGAGGUGUGCCCCAGUUCGAUCGAUCCUGCAAAAAGGGGAAUCAUUCGCAAAACACUAGUGUGAUGACGACAACGCCGGUGAUGAGUAAUCGAAACGACCAACUACUUCUGCAAAGCCGGCAGCAGCAGCCAAAGUCGACGGAAUCGACGGCGAUGAGUUGAGCGUCGAGUUUUGAGAAUUUUGCAACGUAACGAACGAAAACAAGCCAGAACGAAACUAACCUGAAAACACCGUACGAACGCGCCAGGGGACGGAUUAAACAUACGAUGAGCUAUCAACAAGGAAAAAAUCGUCUCUACCCAAGAUACUCGCUCAACUCGUCGGACAACGAGGACACUCCGAUCCACCGGUCGAUCUAUGCGCAACCGUACAAUGCACAACAGCAGCAGCAGCAGCAGCAACAACAACAAUCAAUCCAACAACAGCAGCAAGUGAACACCAACACUAUUGGCUAUACGAACUAUCGAACCGGGAAGAAUGUUGUCGGGCUAGGAAGUGGUUCGACGGUGGUCGCUACGGGGCAUCAUCAGCAGACGACGACGACACCAGUUUCGGACAACGGUUCCAGUGCGACGCUGACCGACGCCGAGGCGGCCCUCGCGAGGGAUAACACGUUGCUGGUUAAUAACGGUAGGUGCCAAAGGAUAACUCCCCUGAUUCUGCUGAAUCCGGACGACUCUCAAGCAAACAAGGGGGUAAGGUAUGGGGUACAACGUCUGUCUGGACACAUCUAACGAGCACCGGAGGAG